UUGGGGCCAGGCCAAGGGGCCGGGAGCAGCUGGGCCCUGUCCCCACCAUGGCCUUGCGGCGGGUGCUGGGGUUGGCGGAGGCUGUGGGGCGCCGCGGCUGCUGCAGCAAGCGCCCGCUUCCCCCCGGCUUGCUGGAGGCCCUGCGGGACGUGGCCGGCAGCCCCAACGUCUCCACAGCGGCGGCAGUGUGCCAGCAGCACGGCCACGAUGAAUCCAUGCACAGGUGCGCGCCCCCGGAUGCCGUGGUGUGGCCCCAGGACGUGGCGCAGGUGCAGGAGCUGGCGGCGCUCUGCCACCGCCACCGCGUCCCCAUGGUGCCCUUCGGCACCGGCACCGGCCUGGAGGGCGGCGUCAAUGCUGUGCAGGGCGGCGUCUGCUUCGACCUGAGCCGCAUGGCCGCCAUCUCGGAGCUGAGCCUCGAGGACUUCUCGGUGGCUGUGGAGCCCGGCGUCACCCGCAAGGCCCUCAACAGCCACCUGCGUGGCACCGGGCUCUGGUUCCCCGUCGACCCCGGGGCGGACGCCUCGCUGUGCGGCAUGGCGGCCACGGGCGCCUCGGGCACCAACGCCGUGCGCUACGGCACCAUGCGGCCCAACGUGCUCAACCUGCGCGUGGUACUGCCGGAUGGGAGCCUGCUGCACACCGCCGGCCCCGGGCGCCAUGCCAGGAAAAGUGCAGCCGGCUACGACCUGACCUCGCUCUUCGUGGGCUCCGAGGGCACCCUGGGCUUCCUGACGCAGGCGACGCUGCGCCUGCACCCACUGCCUGAGGCCGUGGCCGCCACCGUCUGCUCCUUCCCCAGUGUGCAGGCGGCCGUGGCCUGCACUGUGCAGGUGCUGCAGGCGGCCGUGCCCGUGGCGCGCAUCGAGCUCCUGGACGAGGUGAUGGUGGGUGCCUGCAGCCGCUACAGCAGGCUGGAGCUGCCGGAGGCGGCCACGCUCUUCCUGGAGCUGCACGGCUCCCAGCAGGGCCUGGCGGAGCAGCAGCAGCAGGCGGAGGAGCUGGUGCGGCUGCACGGCGGCUCCAUCCCGGCCUGGGCGCGGGCGCAGGAGGAGCGUGAGCAGCUCUGGUCCGCACGCCACAGUGCCUGGUUCGCCGCCUUGGCCCUGCGGCCCGGCUGCCAGGGCUACUCCACCGACGUCUGCGUGCCCAUCUCCCGCCUGCCUGGCGUCGUGGUGGAGACCCAGCGGGACCUGCGGGACUCCGGCCUCACCGGGCCCAUGGUGGGACACGUGGGCGACGGCAACUUCCACUGCAUCCUCGUCUUCCGCCCCGAGGACACAGACGAGGCCCAGCGCGUCCACGACUUCGCCGAGCGCCUGGGCAGGCGGGCGCUGGCGGCGGGCGGCACCUGCACCGGGGAGCACGGCGUGGGGCUGGGCAAGCGGGCGCUGCUGCGGGAGGAGCUGGGCCCCCAGGGGCUGGACACCAUGCGCCGCAUCAAGGCCGCGCUGGACCCCCACCACCUGAUGAACCCCGGCAAGGUGCUGUGAGCGCCCACCAUCCCACAUCACCACUCCCCAAGGAAGCACGCUGCAUCCCUGGCUUUUUGGGGACUUGUGGGGCAGCUCUGGCACCCCCCUGCGAUCCCCUGCUUCUCCAAGAAUGCCAGUGAAAUAAAAUAACAGUGAAUAUUUUAUUGAA